AUGGCAUCAGAAAUCACUUACGCUGAGGUGAAGUUCAAGAAUGCAUCACCAGCUGCAGUGGUUGAAGUACCUCCUGAGACGAAGAAGCAUGAGCACCAUCCCCAGAAAUACCCGCCUUGGCUCCCAUGGCUGAUCUCACUGCUGCUUCUCUUGGCGUGCAUUGCCCUCGUUAUUGCUCUCCUUGGUGAGUAUCUGCAGGUUGUCGUGCCCUUCUCCCGCAGUGGUGACCAGCCCACAGCCCUGCAGCAGACAUUCAUGGAGUGGCAGUGCACCUCGGCAGAGCCGCAAGGCAAAGGGCGAGGCUGGAUGUGCUGCCCGAAGGGCUGGAAACACUUUCAAAACAGCUGCUAUUAUCUGUCGGCUGAUAAGAUGAGCUGGGCUGAGAGUGAGCAGAACUGCACUGGGAUGGGCUCCCACCUGGUGGUGAUCAACACCGAAGCAGAGCAGGCUUUCCUCACUAAGGAGCUACAAGUUCCAACAGGAAUCAAUUACUACAUCGGUCUGCGUGCACAGGCGGUGGGCCAGUGGCAGUGGGUGGACCAGACUCCAUACAGUGAGAGGGCCGCGUUCUGGCGGAAAGAUGAACCAAAUAACCAUGGGGAUGAUGAGAUGUGCGUUGUAAUCCAUAGUAGUUCAGUUAUACACAACUGGAAUGAUCUCCGAUGUGAGAGCCAUUAUCGAAUUUGUGAAGCUUCAGCAGUAACUGUGUGA